AGCUUGAACCCCAAUAAAGCUUGAACACUUUAUUGUCUUCCUCCUCUUCCCAGUCUCAUUUCCCAAUUCCCUCACUUAAUUCCUGGAAUGACUUCACAAAUGAACCCCUUCAACCAAAUCCUUGACUCCUGGUCUGCUUUUGGGAGAAAACAUACGAGACUCUCCUCUCUCUCCGUCUCUCUCUCAGUGUCUUUCUGUAUAUGAGUGUGACCCUCUCCUUGUCUCUGGCUUUCUGCCUCUGUGUCUCCACGUCUUUCAGUAUUACUCCGUAUUUCCUCCUUGUCUCUCUCUCCCUUUCUCUGUGUCUCUCUGCGUCCCUCAUACACUAUCCUCAUCUCUUUCUGUUGCCCUCUCCCUCCCUCUCCACUUCUUUCUUUGCUUAGGAGGCCAUAUUUUGGAAAUGAGUCCUGCCAUGGUUCUCCCCAUCCUGAAGUCUCUUGGAGAUCACAAGAUAGUCCAAGGAUCUAUUCCAAAUUAAGGUCGGCUCUAGCCUCGGAGUCCCGGCCUCCAGAAGACCCUUCUUUGAGAACUGACACAGAAGCCUGUUCCUGAUAAGAUGACCUCGGAUAACACAUGCUACUUUGGCUCACCCUUCCAGGAGGAGGCCCAGCAAGAGCUGAGCUGCCACUGCUUUCCAGGGAGAUCCAGAGGCGAAUCCCAGGGUGCAUCGCGUGUCCUCAGGAAAACCGUGGGGAUAUCCGGGCGCUGCGCGCUGGGCCUGGGAUUCGGGGCGGAGCCUGAGGCGGCGCGCGGCUUGCGACAUUCCGGUUCCUAUUACUUUUGAGGAUGUUGCCAUUUAUUUCACAGAGCAGGAAUGGCAGAAUUUAGAGGCAUGGCAGAAGGAGCUUUACCAGCAUGUAAUGAGAACCAAUUACAAGACUCUUGUUUCUCUAGAUGACAGAAUUCCCAAACCAGAAUUAAUAUCCUGGAUUGAACAAGGGGGACAUCCCUUCAGAAAUUGGAAAGAACCUCAGAAAUCAGAAAACAUAAUUUGUUCCUCUGCUGAUAAGCAUUUUGAUCCACUUAUUGAGGUGCAGCUGUUUGGAGGAAGCCAAAAAGUUGUAAAUUCAGGAGAAAUUAAAUGCCAUUUCCCAUUAGACCCUCAGCAGAAUAUCCAUCAGGGACAAGGGCACUUCCAAUACAAUGACUGUGAUAAGAGCUUCCAACUGAAAAGCAUGCUAAAAGUCCAACGGGUCAGACACACUGGAGAGAAGGCAUUUUCUUGCAGUGUAUGUGGCCGAGUCUUCACCCAGAAUUGUAAGCUCCGUGAUCACUUGAGAGUACACAGUGGAGAAAAACCUUUCCAGUGCCCUGAGUGUGACAAAAGCUUCCGCCUGAAGGACGUUCUGAAGAUUCACCAACGCACCCACAGCAAAGAGAGGCCGUUUUCUUGUGGGAAGUGUGGCAAGAGCUUUACCACACAGUUUAAGCUCACCCAACACUUCAGAGUGCACACAGGAGAAAAGCCUUUCCAGUGUUCCAAAUGUGACAAGAGUUUCCGCUUGAAGUCACAGUUGCUCACCCACCAACGCCUGCACACAGGGGAGAGACCUUUCCACUGUCCCGAGUGUGAUAAAAACUUCCGAGAAAGGGGACACAUGCUUACACAUCAGCGCAUACAUAAGCCUGAGAGGCCAUUUUCCUGUGGAGACUGUGGCAAGGGUUUCUUUUGUAAGUCUAAACUUGAUCAACACAUCAGAGUACACAGAAAAUAUUCUAGUGCUCCAAGUGAGCCUGAUAUUAAAAAAAGGCUUAGCCAAUUGUAUGCAAUGAUAGAGGCUGAUUGGAGUUGAGGUAGAGUACGACAUCCAAGGAUGGAACAGAACUUACAUUACCUAAGAAUCCACAAUAGUACCCAAACCCAUGGUAGACAGAUUGUAGGAACAGAGGCUGUUUUUGAGCAAGAAUGUAAUGCCAGUUAGGAAUAUGAGAAACCACAAAGGCUUUUCCCCCAAAACAACCAGUUAAUUUCCUAUCCAUUGAUAAAAAGAGAUAUAUGCUCUUUCUACCAUCUUAAGAGGUAAUUAUCUACCAAAUGCUAACCCGGCUCUGAAAUCCCUUCUUGAAUAAGACGGAAGGAAAUCCCUCCAGCACAUUUCCAAAGUUGAAGGGAUGAGGGUGGGUGUUAAAUGUCAGUUUUAAUUUUAUUUAUUUGUUAUUUUCAGACUAUCAUGCUAACCUGGGUUUAAAUCCUGUCAUUUUCAUUGCAGGUGCUGAUAUAAUAGUGAAUGUGGUUUUGCUUGGUUUAUUUGGAAGCUGAUAGUAAUUAAACAAGUUGUCUGAAUUUUAGUUUGUGCGUUUAUGUGAAUGCUGAAGUGUCACAGAGGGUUCAUAGUGCCUUUGCAUUGGAAAAGCUGACAAUUUCAGCAAAAUUUGGCUAAUCUGAGUUCAACAAACAUAAAACUGAAGGCACUAACAAGUAUGGAAUUUGAACUUGGACAAGAGAUUGCGGCAGCAGAUAUAGACUUGGGAAUUCUAGACUGUAGAUGCUAUUUGAAGCUAAGAGAGUAAAUGAAAUUCCCAAGAGUGAAUAUCUAAGCAGACAACAAAAGCUCGAGUUAAGACAAAAUAAUAAAGAUAAACGGCUUUAUCAGAGAGCAUUACAGGCACCAACAGUUUAGUGCAGAGAGUUUUUAAGCAAAUGUUAAAAAUAAAUAUGAUACAAAUUGAAGUCCAAAUAAAAGAUGAACAUCAGGCAACACCAAAUGUAUGUAGUCCUAGGCAGGGUUGUACCCCAAACAAAGAACUCAUGACAUUCAGAGGGUUCGUGUUUAUGUAAAAAGAAUGGCUGAAUAGAAAUUCUUAGGGAAGACAGAAAAUGAGAUUGUCAGUAAGCUGUAAUAAAUAUUACUAUACAAAAAUAUUUCAAAAAUAGUUUUCUCUGAAACGUCAGACCCCAAGAUAUCUGGCAGGAAAGGAAUUAUAUGCAAAAUUAGUUUAAAGUAAACAGUUCUCUUGGCACCACAGAUUCUGAAAUGUAUUUCAGAACAUUGUGAAUCUCCAAGGGUUAAUGUGCAGUAUAUUCUGAAUAUAUUUGACCUUGGGAUUCUCACCCUCCACCCUGUCCCCCCGGCCCCCUCCCCCACCAAACAAACAAACAAAACAAAAACAAAAAAAAUCACUUAUCCUCUAAACUAAAGUCUUGCAGAACUCAUUUUGGAAGAUGUUAUUGAAGAAUAGUCUUUGCUCCAGCAAUGUAACCCUCAGUCUGUUAAGAAGAAUGAGAAUUCCAGGGAAUGAAGGUCUUCAGUUUUAUGUAACAAAGAAAACAGACCUUUAUAGCUGGUGUUUCCUCUUGCCACAAGUGUUGGGACACUAACAAAGGUCACUGGUAAUAUUAAAAGACUAUCAUUUAGGCAUGUUUAUAAUUAGAGACAUGGGGAUAUCUGUUGUGUUCUGUGGGUAGCAGACCUCACAGAGCAAAUAGAUUAAACUCAACCCAAGAAGAGAUGGUUUCCCUGGUAUAUAUGAGUGCCACUGGUGUGGGAAAAUGGAGUAGGAAGAUGUUAUAAUGAACCAAAAUAUACACUUUGAGGGAGACUAAAUACCACCAUCUAGUUAGUAUUUAACAAGGAAAGUGAGAAGGCUCAAAGGAACAUUAUUGGGACAUACGAAAAAGUUUGAUACAAGAACUGUAAGCAUUAUAUCAAUGUUAAUUUCUUGAACUUGAUAACUGUACUUAAGGUAGGUACACAUUGAAUAUCCUUGUUCUUAGGAAAUGUACAUGGCAGUAUUAAGUGUUUAAGGAGCAUGAUGUAUACAACUUACACUCAAGUGUUCAGGAAAGGGACUGAUGAAUAGACGUAGACUGACAAGACAGCUAGAUGGAUAGAUAGCUAGAAUGAUACGUAAAGGUGGCAAAGGUUAAAUUUGGUGGAUCUGGGUAUCUGUUGGAGUUGUCUAUAUGGGGUUUGUAUUAUUUUUGUAACUUACUGUAAGUUUCAAAGUACAAAGUUUAUAAAUGAAUGAAUGAAUGAAUGGCUUCAGCUAAGAAAAGAUAAGAAGCAGGGUAUAGUGGUGAAUACCUGAGAAAAAAGAGGGGUUCUUUUGUUUAGUAAUGCGAUUGAGUUACCAAAGAACACACAACAAAUGCCUAGGAGCUAUAAAGGUGCAAUGUUUCCCACUCUAUGGGUUUCCUCAGACAACCUGGCAGCUGUAGAAUUAACCUUGUAAGUACACUGACUUUGUGGGUUCAGAGUAGUUUGGCUGGAUCUUCUCCAAGUAAAGGACCACAGUGUUACUUGCAUCAUUCCCCUGUCUUGAAUGCUUCUGGUGAAAAGAACGAAAUGGCUGUCAUAGAAGAAAGAGCUUCCAGAACUUGUUGGGAAGGAGACACUCGCAUGCACAUACAGAAAUGGAGAAGCUACUCUUCUUCAAAGAGGGAGACUUGGUGACUCCCUUUCUUCACAUUCCUAUUUCCAGAGCUGGCUGCCUCCAGUGGCACCCAAAAGCUUACACAAAAGCUUAGGUCAAACACAUAUGCUUUUGCCUGGCAGCCUCUUCGCUGCAUGGAUCCCUCAUAGUCUGUGGGCCCAGCCUUAAAGCAGGGGUUACUUUAGCUCAGUUGUAUCAGUGAGAAUAUUCUUGGUCAUAUCUAACUCUACUGCACAUAUGUGGACUCAAUGACUGUUAAUAAGUCUUUUUGUAACCCAGUCCUUUUAUCAAUUUGCCUAUACCAGGAAGAGUGUGGAUCUUUGUGCAUCAGAAACACAGGCUCAUACACAAAAUGAGACUCCCAGCAAAUGACCACUUUAUUGCUGCCACAGUACAAUGGGUCUAAAACAGCAGGGAAAAAAUUCCUACCCUGGCCAAUCCCUUGGGGAAGCCAACAGCACAGCAGCUUGGCACACCUCUCGUCACAUCAGAGAUGAGGGACACCUGCACUGAUGACGUAAUGUGUGUUUAUACACUACAAAGUGAGGGGGCUCUGCCAAUGAGCAAUCUUUGUGACCUGGCAAGCAGCCAGGCCUAGUUAAGGUUUAUUAUCUCUCUCCUCCACUGCCUACCAUCUCUUGCAAAAUAGAAACAUACGGAACACCUCAGGCAAACAAACAAGCGGGGAAACAUAAGAAACAGCUGCACACAAACAAGCACAAGAUGAAAAGGUGGGUCAUAGACAGGGCCGGGAGAUGUCUACUGAGUGUAUGCUUGACUUCCCCCACAGAGAGAGCAACCUCAUUGGUACUAAGUAGAAACUAUAUAUCUUAUAAGGGUUUACUGUUCAGAAUAUAUAAAGAACACUUACAGCUCAACAACAAAAAGACAAACAACCAAUUCAAAACUGACAAAAACAUUUGAAUAGAUAGUUCCUUAAAACAGGCAUACAAAUAGCCAGUAAGCCAUGAAAAGAUGCUCAACAUCAUUAGACAUUAGAGAAGUGCAAAUCAAAACCAUAAUUAGAUACCACUUCAUAACUACUACAAUGGCUACUAAUAAGAGAAAACAAUUUUAGAACACUUUCUAAAAUAUUCUGAAAUUGAUUUGGUGAUGAACACACAAUCAAGUGAUGAUACUGUGAACCACUGACUGUAUACUGUGGAUGGACU